AUUCACUACCUUUGUAUGCAACUGGACAGUCGCGGCAAACGCGUUUCCCGCUAAAUUCGCGUUAUUUUUUUUAAUAUUUAUUUUUCAAUAAUGACUAGUUUGUGGUCAAGUGCAAUAUUAUGUGUGCUAACAUUAAUACUUGAAGUUACAGAUGCGCUCACAGUGAGCAAACCCGUAGAGCGAGCAUGUGUGAUCGGAGCCGGUUAUUCAGGGCUGGCCACCGCCAGGUAUCUCCAAGAGUACGGCGUCAACUACACGGUCUUUGAAGCGUCCAGACAUGUUGGUGGCACAUGGAGGUUCGAUCCUAAUGUCGGUACCGAUGAAGAUGGUCUUCCGCUCUUCACCAGCAUGUAUAAAUAUUUAAGAACAAAUACUCCACGGCACACUAUGGAAUUCGACGGAUUCCCGUUUCCGGAAGACACUCCGUCAUAUCCAACGGGGACCUGUUUCCAUAAAUAUUUAAAAUUGUUUGCUAAAAAAUUCGAUCUCAUGAAGAAUAUACAGUUAAGGAGUUACGUUACGUCAAUUAAAAGGGUACAAGAUAUCUGGAAUAUUACAUAUACAAGGACUAACACUAGGGACAAUUACACCGAACAGUGUGACUUCGUAGUUGUUGCUACCGGAGAAUACAGCAAUCCUGUGUGGCCGAAAUUCGAGGGACAGAGUUCAUUUACAGGUAAUAUUAUACACAGUCAUGACUACAAAGAGCCUGAAGCCUAUGCUAACCGUCGAGUGUUACUGGUGGGAGCAGGCCCAUCGGGUUUGGACUUAGCAAUACAUUUGUCGAACAUAACUUCCAAGCUAGUACACAGCCAUCAUCUCACAUACAAUCAGCCUAAUUUCUCAGACACUUACAUCAAGAAACCAGACAUAAAAUCAUUUACGUCAAAUGGAGUUAUUUUUCAAGAUGAUAGCUACGAGGAUAUCGAUGACGUGAUAUUUUGUACAGGUUAUGAACUGGCUCUGUCAUUUUUGGACGAAAACACAGGCGUGACAAAGUCGGGCAAGUUCGUCUUGCCGCUACAUCAGGAUGUAGUCAACAUCAGAUACCCGAGCAUGGCGUUUGUUGGAAUCUCCAAAGGCAUUAUCAAUAGAGUACUCGAUGCUCAGGCACAAUAUUCAGCUCUUUUAGCAGCCCGUAAAUUCGAGCUUCCUCAUCAAAACGACAUGUUGAAAAUGUGGCUCCGACGUGCUCGAGCGUUGCAGUCGCGGGGCAAGAAAAUAGUUGAUAUCAAUGUUAUUGGAGAAGCUAUGGACCAAUAUUUUGGAAAUUUGACUACAGAAGCCGGAGUGACCAGGGCGCCUCCAGUAUUAACUGAAAUUAGAAACUUCAACGCCUUAAAUCGACUAGAGGAUUUACUGAAUUAUAGAGAAUAUGAUUAUUACAUUAGAGACGAAAAUAAUUUUGCUCGGUCCUAUAAUCCUAGGAUGGGUGCACCUUGUCCUAUUGACAUAGAAUAGAAUGAUUAUAAUAUUUAUACAUAAUUGUAUACUGUGCUGAUGCCCGCGUGAAUGUGAAAAAUGUCCUUUGAUACCUGGUCUACCUCUGUAUCGAAUUUUAUUUGAAUCCGUCCAGUAAUCUUUGCGUGAAAGAGUAUCGAACAGUCAAAUAGUCAUCAGUCAUUCAUCCUUAUUUUAGUAUAUUAUACUAUAACAGGAUUAAUAUUACGAUACUUUUAUUAAAAGCUAAUCACAAUUUUUUUUUAUAUCAAAAUGUACAAGUAAAAGUGUCACGAAACUGUUUUGUACUACUUUUAAUAAUAAUAAUUACGGGCGAACCUGUACGAGGGUGAGAUAGAGAAGCCCCUGAAAAAUGUAUGUGUUAUAAUAUGCCGUUUUAACUUUUUGAAAAAUAUUGUGACCAGGUGUAUAAAAUACGACUUUGGCCAGAAUUAUGGUACCUCCAUGAAAAUAAAACGUUAGUCUAGUAAGAUUUCAUAUGAUUUCAAUUUAACAUACAUUUU